AUGUUGUACCUCAUCGGUUUAGGACUUGGAGAUUUAAUUGAUAUCACUCCGAGAGCUGAUCAUGCAAUAAGAAAAUGCGACGAUAUUUAUCUGGAGGCUUAUACUUCUGUUUCAUGCGUAGGCCAAGCUGCUCUGGAAAAACAUUUCGGCCGGUCCAUAAAAAUAGCAGACCGCGAGCUUGUUGAAGGCGACGACACUAUGUCAGAAAUAAUAUCAAACGCAGCAACAAAAGAUGUUGCUUUUUUAGUUAUCGGAGACGCUUUGGGAGCUACUACACACAUAGAUUUGUUUUUGCGAGCUCGAAAGAAAAAUGUCCAGGUGAAACUGAUUCAUAAUACGUCUAUUAUAACUGCAGUUUUAUGCUGUGGACUUCAAUCGUACUCCUGGGGCCCGAUAGUGUCUAUUCCCUACUGGACAGACUCUUGGCAGCCCGACAGUUUCUACGACAAACUAGUCGACAAUUUACAAAGGAACCUUCAUACUCUUUGUCUUCUUGACAUUAAAGUAAAAGAGCCUACUUUGGAGAGUUUGACGAAGAAGAAACGGGAAUAUAUGCCUUCAAGGUUCAUGAGCGUAGCCGAAGCCGCCAAGCAGCUGAUUUCUAUCAUAGGAAAGCGUCAAAAUUCUAAUCAAGAGCUUGUUUUGACAGAAGACAGUUUAGCAGUUGGUUUAGCACGAGUUGGAUCUGAUGACCAACAAAUAAUUGUCUGUACUUUGAAAGAAAUGUCUUCUGUGGAUCUUGGACCGCCUCUUCAUUCUCUGGUCAUCCUUGCGAAGCAACCCCAUCCAUUGGAAAUUGAUUGUCUAGAAUUAUUCGCGUUAAAUAAGAAUGAAUUUAGAAAAUUGAUUGAACAACAAACAUCAUAA